GUCGCCCGCAUCCGUGCCGCCCGUUCCCGCUCGGCCCUCGGCUUCGCUUAGGGUCCCGGUUCCCGCGGCCGCCUCUGCGCGGUCAGGGCGCCCCCGCCCCGUGUCCCCGGUCAAAGCCCUUUCCUCUUGCCGCUGCUCCCGGCUCCCGCCUCUCCUCGCCAGGUCUCAACAGCUCCUUUCCUGUAGCAGCCGCCGCCGCUGAAGAAGCGCGUCCACCUCGGGUCACCAUGCCCAGCAAAACCAAGUACAACCUUGUAGAUGAUGGACAUGACCUGCGGAUCCCCUUGCACAACGAGGACGCGUUCCAGCACGGCAUCUGCUUUGAGGCCAAGUAUGUAGGAAGCCUGGAUGUACCGAGGCCCAACAGCAGGGUGGAGAUCGUGGCUGCCAUGCGCCGGAUACGGUAUGAGUUUAAAGCCAAGAACAUCAAGAAGAAGAAAGUGAGCAUAAUGGUUUCUGUGGACGGAGUGAAAGUGAUUCUGAAGAAGAAGAAAAAGCUUCUUUUCUUGCAGAAAAAGGAGUGGACGUGGGAUGAGAGCAAGAUGCUGGUGAUGCAGGACCCCAUCUACAGGAUCUUCUAUGUUUCUCAUGAUUCCCAAGACUUGAAGAUCUUCAGCUAUAUUGCCCGAGAUGGUGCCAGCAAUGUCUUCAGGUGUAACGUCUUUAAAUCUAAGAAGAAGAGCCAAGCUAUGAGAAUCGUGCGCACCGUGGGGCAGGCCUUUGAGGUGUGCCAUAAGCUGAGCCUGCAGCACACACAGCAGAAUGCAGAUGGACAGGAAGACGGGGAGAGCGAGAGGAACAGCAACAGCUCAGGGGACCCAGGUCGCCAGCUCACCGGAGCCGAGAGGGCCACCACAGCCACUGCCGAGGAGACUGAUAUCGAUGCAAUAGAUGUCCCACUUCCAGGGAAUGAUAUCUUGGAGUUCAGUCGAGGGGUAACUGACCUUGAUGCUGUUGGGACUGAAGGAGGAGCCCACACGGACUCCAAGGUUUCACCUCAUCCGCAGGAGCCUGUGCUGACAGCUUCACCCAAGAUGCUCCUCCCCACCUCUGCCUCGAAGCCACCGGGCUUGGGCUCUGGGACGCCACUGUCCACCCACCACCAGAUGCAGCUUCUCCAGCAGCUCCUCCAGCAGCAGCAGCAACAGACGCAAGUGGCUGUGGCCCAGGUUCACUUGCUGAAGGAUCAGUUGGCUGCAGAGGCUGCUGCCAGGCUGGAGGCCCAGGCUCGUGUGCACCAGCUCCUGCUGCAGAAUAAGGACAUGCUCCAGCACAUCUCACUGCUGGUGAAGCAGGUGCAGGAGCUGGAGCUGAAGCUUUCGGGACAGAACGCCAUGGGCUCUCAGGACAGCUUGCUGGAAAUCACGUUCCGCUCCAGUGCCCUGCCUGUACUCUGUGACCCCACCACCCCAAAGCCAGAGGACCUGCACUCGCCGCCGCGGGGCGCGGGCUUGGCGGACUUUGCCCACCCGGAUGGCAGCCCCUUAGGUAGGCGCGACUGCUUGGUGAAGCUGGAGUGUUUCCGCUUCCUCCCGGCCGAGGAAGCCGCGCCCCCGGCGCAGGGCGAGCCCCUCCUGGGCGGCCUGGAGCUCAUCAAGUUCCGGGAGUCGGGUAUCGCCUCGGAGUACGAGUCCAACACGGACGAGAGCGAGGAGCGCGACUCGUGGUCGCAGGAGGAGCUGCCGCGCCUGCUCAAUGUCCUGCAGAGGCAGGAACUGGGCGAUAGCCUGGAUGAUGAGAUCGCCGUGUAGGUGCUGCGGCCACGAGGAGCUGGAGG